AUGGUCAACACGGGAAAGCCUAGCAUGGCUUGCGCCACGUGUAAAUUGCGCAGAACUAGAUGUGACCAACAGCGGCCUGCGUGCUCUCAGUGCCGCAAAUCUGGAUGGGUUUGCCCAGGCUUCCCGUCCAAAGCGGACGUCAUCUUUCGGCACCACACGCCCGCCUCCCAGCAAGCAAUCAUUGGUCGCCGUGGCCAGCCAACAGGCAGAGUUAUUGACUUAUCGCCCGCAGUUACGGAUAGGGCCACAGCCUUCUUCCUCCACCAAUACGUAUUUGAUACCAAGACUAGCUCCGGCACUGUCCCUCCAGCGGUUCAUGAGCAUCUGCCAGUCCUCCUUCAACGGGAAGCGCCCACCGGAGCGCUUAGUAUCAUCAUUUCGGCGGUGGGCCUCGCUGCUUUGGCGAAUGCUGGAACUUCAACACCGUGGAAACACGAGGCGUAUCGUCUAUACGGCAAGGCCCUCCAACGAUUACAGACUGACCUCCAGGAUUCAGCCGGCAUGAAGUCGGAUAGCACAUUGGCGGCUGUAAUGCUGAUGGGCACCUUUGAGAUGAUCGCAAAUGGUGACCCGACUUCUAUGGAGUCUUUCCGCUACCAUAUCUUCGCCGGAGCUCGAUGUGUUGAGAUCCGGGGACCAAACCAAUUCCGUAAUGCAGUAUCUGCCAUACUGUUUAUUCAAUUACGUCGCCUCAUUAUUAUGACUUGUCACCAACUACAGGAGCCAUUGCCCUAUGCUCUCAAGACGUGGUCUCGAUGGGCUCAUCCUAGUCAAACGAGGGAUGAGGCUUCUUUAAGUAUCUUCGCUGAACUGAACGAGCACCUCGCAGCUGUCCGGGCCGAGAUUAAACGAAAGGGUAUUCGCAAUCCUGCAGCUGUGGCCGCGAUGCUAGAUCCAGUCGAUCGCCAGCUUGCAGAGUGGGAAACGAGGCUUCCAGACUCGUGGAGAUUUAAAUCCUACCGAAACCUUGACUCAAAGGUCGAUUCUUUCGAGAGUCACAAACUACAGUAUGACGAAUACCCGGGUCUCUGGGUUGCUUCCACUUGGAAUAAUUAUCGGAUGAUCCGCAUUCUGAUUUACGAAUCAAAGAUGAACGCGAUGAUUAGACACAGCUCAGACAAAGACAGAAACGAUCUCCAGCAUUCAGCCAAAAUACUCACAGAAAUGACAAAUGGCAUUUGCUAUAGUGUUGCAUACAUUUUAGGUGACCGGCCCAAUGGACUCUCUUCGAAUAGAGUCCACCAAGUUGAACAGUCCGAUAUACUACCAAAACCGGGCGGAUACUUGUUGCUAUGGCCACUAUUCCUAGCCGGAUCUCUAAGUACUACUCCUAGGAACCAGAGAGGCUGGAUUGCGUGUGUUUUGAGAGAUAUAGGUUUGCGCAUGGGUAUGCAACUAGCUGUAUCGAUGGCGAUGAAGUUAGAGCAGACGGCCAUCUCGUUUUCAGAUCGUGAGAUGUGGCUUAUUGGAGAAUUCUUCCCUGUUUGA